AUGGAGAGAGAGAGAGGGUGAGGGGACUGUGACAGCGAGGCUGAUAGAGGGAGCGGGCAGACAGAGGAGUAAAGGAGCAGCAGUAGACCAGCGUGAAGGGGGGGGACGCAGCAGGAGAAGCUGCUGUUGCCUGCCGUUGCCAUGGCGCAUCCGUCUCCGAGUGCAUCGCCGGGCGUACGUCGCCGUAGCGAUGGCUCAGUAAGAGAAUGUCUGUUCUUCCCCAUCUCUGAACGCAACGAGCAGGAGAGGCUGGAGGCCUUGGUGCGCCGGAGAGCCGGGGGCGCCGAUAGAAGAGGAGGAGGAGGAGGAGCAGGGGAGGCCCGGGACCACCUGGACAACAGGCCCAAACGGUGGACAUGGGGAGGACCGCCUGACGGAGUGGAAGGUAACCCUAAGACCCCGCCCCGCCAUGCCAUUGGCUCCGCUCAGCCCAAUGAGCUUCCUGCCGCUCCCAGCGCCAGCCAAUCCCGCAACGUAGUCGACUUCUUGUCUCCUCCGACGAUGGAUCAGCUAAACAACAAGCAGCUUUCCAGCUCUUCAGCAGCACUCAACUCCCCAGAGAGAGUGUCUUCUCUGUCCCGUCGAACAGCUUCCCCCAACAACCGAUCCUUCAGGAGUCCCUCCAACCGCAGAAGCAUUGCUGGAUUCCCUGAGGAGACCUCCAAAGCAAAAACACCCACGGGGGAGACACCCAACACCCCAGUCCGAAGUUCUUCCUUCAAGGCCAACAGCAAGGGCCACGCUGCUUCGAAGCGGGUGAGGUCCACUAGGAGUCGCGCCCAGUCACCCUGCUCUCCCGGACAAUACCCCCCCUCUCCGCUCCGACAGAGGGCCACCACCCCCGGCAGCGGCGACGACAGGGGCAACAAUGACAGCAAAGGUCACAGCACCCUGGAAAGAAAAUCUGCCAAAUCUGAAGCCUCAGACAACAAGAGGAUCACAAAAUCCAGCAGCAGAGAGCUGAACGCAGAGUCACCAAGCACUCCCACAGGCCGGAGCGUUGGAGGGACCACGGAUGCUGAGGAGGCGUCCCGGCUGCUGGCAGAGAGGCGCCGUCUGGCCCGAAUACAGAAGGAGCAGGAGGAGAGGCAGCGGCAGGAGGAGGAGAGACUGAAGGCUGAGGAGGAGCAGAAAAGGCAGCAGGAGGAGAGGGAACGUCAGGAGAGAGAAGCGCUCCAGGCAGAGGAGGAGAGAGUGAGGAAGGAGGAGGAGAGAAGGACCAGAGAAGAAGAGGAGAGACGACAGAAGGAGCAGAGAUGGAAGAACAUGCAGGACCAGCUGGACAGAGAGAGGGAGGAGGCCUUCCUGCGAGCUCAAAGGGAGGCUGAGAGGAAGAGACAGGAGAGGGAGCUGCUGCACAUCCAGGAGGAGCAGGAGAGGCAGCAGAGAAAGAAGAGAAUUGAGGAGAUUAUGAAGAGAACAAGGAAGAGCGAAGUGGAGCAUCCAUCUGCUGCCUCGGCCUCUGGGGUUAAAUGCGAGGCUGUUGGUGCCACAGAGGAGGAUGCUCCGACCCCGGCUGAAGCCCCCAUCAUCAUGCUGGGGCCCCUCGAGAAUAAGAGCUUCGUGGACGAGCUUUCUGAUGGAGUCCAGUCCAUGGACGUCAGUUCUCCAUCUGUCUCCAUCAGCCCGGUUUCCAGGGAGGAGCAGGCGAGUGCUCAGGAGUUUUCCCCAGUCGCUGAGGGACCUGACGGCUAUCCCCCCGACCACCUGAUGGACCUGGACGGUCCGGGACGGGGACAGCGUCAGGGCGCUGAGACGCCGGCCUACCCCAAGCUGCAGGCCGGCAGCGGGGUGGGAGACCUCAACAAGAACCUGCUGAUCCAGGCGUACAGCGCCGCCUCAGAGUCCUCGCAGCUCAUCCACAGCGUCGGCCCGAGCAAGCUAGACAUCUAAAAGCCUGUUUUCAGGAGCUAAAACAGGAACACUAUCACCUCCCUCUGCAACAACAGGCAUCAUUUCCACAAGACAAAGCUUAGCAUCUGAUUUUCAUCCGUGUUACCAAACCACUCCCAUGACCAGCAGAAGUCUGACUCAGAAAACACAUUCUGACUCAGUUAUGUCAAUAAUGUGAAGCUUAUGUUUCUAGUAAGAUAACUUUACAGGAACAAAGAAAAGAAGAAAUUCUUCUGCUGUCUGUUAAAUUGAACCUAGACCCAACGACGUAUUUAUGACAUGAAACUUUAAAGUUCAGGUGUUCUACUUGUAAACGUUUAAAUGGGUCCAUCGCCUGCUGCAGAGGUCCUGAUGAAGCCCGGUUGGCCACACCUGCAUUGCCGCAAACAUCAGCUUCUUAAAACCUUGUAAAUAGACCAGACGGCAGGACGAUAACGGGAAGAGGACGCCGCUCCGAUGGACGCCGCUCUGUAAAUCCUGUGUAGCAUCUUUAAGCAGGACUAGAUAGCUGUGUAGUUCAACAGUGUGUUUCUGACGGUUCCUGCGUGUUUAUCCAGACGCUCCCUCAUGAAGAGUUUCUCCCUGUCAGGUAAACAAUCGUAUAAACCCGCUGUAGCUGUAGCUUUGGUUUCGCUGCUGCUUCUCGUUCCAAUCGAUGGGCAUUCGUAGACCUGCAGUGAUUCCACGGCGGGGGAGGAAACAAAAAAAGAGCGGGAGGAAAUGCUAAAUGUGUUGUAUUUUUAUCUGCAGGAUGAAGAUGUAAUUGUCUGGCACUGACUGUAACCACACAAGCUGCAGUUUAUAGCGUGCACCUACAGUAGUUAUGUUUCACAUCAGCACCUCCAACUCCUGGACCUCACAGCUCAUCACCUCUGAGGCCUUAAAACCUCUGUGCAUCAACCGCCACAAUCACUGCUCAAAGAUCUAUUUUCAUCAGGAGGAGCCACAAGAAACAAAAACACAACAUUAUUAAACACUUGAAACUCUCUGUGAUGAUUUAUUUAACUGUUCAGAUAAUUUACAAGCUGCUCAGACUUCCCCUUGAAGUUGAGGGCCUGCUUAAACCCUUGAGGGCUUAAGCAGGUCGUAAUGUACAUUUCUUUGUUGAGAGAACAAAGCCUUUACUUGCGCGUUUAUUAACACUUCUCUCACACAUUGGCUCCUCUUUCUCAAGAUUUGCACAUCAAUCUCUGGUUUCUGAUUAACCCAGAGGGUUUCCAGGAACCCCCAUGUAUAAACAUAAAGGAGUUAGCAUUUAUCCUAAUAAUUAAACUCUGACACUGCAGCUUGGUGGAAUAUAUCAUUGUAGAUGUGGUGCAUGGAUACUUGCAGAAAAAGAACAAUAAAUUUCAUCAA